UAAAGUAGAGACAGUAUCACCCACUGUUUUGUUACCCUCUACAUGGUUUUGUUGCGCCUUCUUCCUUUUCUCAAUUUCUCCGUUUUCCCUUAAAUAAAAAAAUCGAUUUUCUUUCCUUUUCUUCACUCCAUUCAUUUUCUUUUUAAUUUCAAUUCUUGAAAUUCACUGCAUGAUGAAUUAGAAUUAUUGGAAUUCAAUCGGAGCUGUUUCAACUGAUCCAUUGAUCAGUUGUGUUGGGAGUAGAAGAUGGCAACAUUAGUUGCGAAACAAGGGCCAUUGAGCAGUCAGAAUCAAGACACACCGGGAAUGAGAAACCAGUCUAGGGUGUUUAGGAAGAGAAAGUUUAUCCUAAACCGCGAUGAAGAAGAGCUUGAAAAGGACAAUGCAGCAGCAUCGGUGCUCAAUGUUACAGAAUUACCUAAUAAGAAACCAAAGCUUUGUUCUGAGCCUGGCGCCUCCCGUGGCAAAAGAACUGUGUCAGAGCACGCAAAUGUUGCAAUCAGGAAGGAGGAUGCACUUUUAUCGGGUGGAUCGACAGAGAAAGUAAAAACAGCGGAAAAGCCUAAGAGGAACAUGGUUAAAUCACAUCUGAGAACCAAGACGGUAGCUAAGGAAAAAAUGACUGUAAUGGAAUCUGAAGGUUCACAUAGCAGAAUCACAUCCAAGGGGUAUCAUCGUUCAGCAGAGAAGAAAUUAAGUUCUAAAAUUUGGGAUGAAUUGGUGGGUGAUGAUGAAGAAGAGGAGAGUGAAGAGGAACAGGAACAGGAACAGGAAGAGGAUGAAGAGUAUUUUCCAGGAUCCUUAACAAACUUUCAGAUGCCACUUAAGGAAACAUUGAAUAAUUUAAGAAAUUCAGAGAAGCUUUUGAGAUCUUGCACCAAGGGAAAAAUUCUUAGAAGUGGACCUAUGAGAAAUAAAGGGAAUGAUGAAGAGAAAGAUGAGCCUUCCCAGUGCAAGGACAGGCUCAAACUAUCUACCGCCACAAAAAGCGUUCUUCUGAGAGGAAAUUCACAGACAAAAAGGAUGCCUGAUAAAGUAAAUCUAGAACAACCUCCAGGAACUUCAAGAAAGAAGAUGACUCAUAAAGGAGAUAAUACAAUGAACAAGGUGGAAUUUGGAAGUGAAGAAAAGCAGGGUGUGUGCAAGAAAAAACCAACUUUACCCAAGGUUGGAAAGAAAAUGCCAGGGACUCGUGAAAUUCAAGGCUCAGAGAAUAAAAGGCGGGUGCCUGCUAUAUUAAAUGGAGAACAAUGUCUAGGAACGUCAAACAAGAAGAAGAUUCCUCAAGGAGAGAGUACAAGUGAAGAUGAGUGGAAGGAAAAGCCAAGUUUGUCCAAGGAUGGAAAAAAGAAGCAGGGAAUUCAUGAAAAAGAUGCCGAGAAUAAAAGGAUAUCUGUACGACGUGCUACUGCAUCAUUCAAGAGAUACGGUAAUGAUUACUAUAUUGGUGAGUGGGAAGACGAUACUGAUGAGUAUGAGGUUUUCCCUCUAAGUGAUGGACAUCAUAUACCAAGUAACACAAGAAACCAGGGAAGUGAUGUUUCACCUGAGUCGAAACCAAAAAAUAGUCUGAAAAAUAUAAUAAAAAAUUCAGGGAAGUUACCUGUUUGUAGUUCAUUUCCUUCCUGGGCACCUGCUAAAUUAAAUGGAGAACAAUGUCUAGGAACGUCAAGCAAGAAGAAGAGUCCUCGAGAAGAUAGUACAAUGGAUAAAAUGGAUGAAAAUGAUGAUGACUGGAAUAUGUGCAAGGAAAAGUCAAAUUUGUCCAAGGAUGGAAAAAAGAAGCAGAGAAUUUAUGAGAAAAAUGCAGAGAAUAAAAGGACAUCAGUAAGACGUGCUGCUGCAUCAGUCAAGAGAUAUGAUCAUGAUUACCAUGUUGAUGAGUGGGAAGAUGAUACUGAGGAGUAUGAGGUUUGGCAUCAUACACCAAGUAACACAAGAAGUCAGAGAAGUGAAGUUUCACAUGAAUCAAAACCUAAAGAUAGUCUGAGAGAUAUAAUAAAUAAUUCAGUGACGUUAUCUGCUUGUAGUUCAUUGCCUUCCUCCUCAUCGUCUUCUGGUUCGACAAUUUCGAGAAAUGGAAUAGAUAGAUCUAAAAACGUGAAGGUAAAUUGUCAUCAAUGUAGAAGAAGUGAUAGAAGAACUGUUGUUCCUUGCACUAAGUGUAAAGAGAAAUUUUACUGUAUCAAGUGCAUCAGGGAAUGGUAUCCGGAAUUGGAAGAAGAGGAAAUCUCAGAGGCUUGCCCAUAUUGUCGUGGAAAAUGUAACUGCAACUGGUGCUUACACUCAAGUGGCAUGCUUAAGACAUCAAGAAGGGAUCUCACUGAUCGUGAAAAGAUCAAGCAUUUGCAGUAUUUGAUUAUCAAGCUCCUUCCCUUUCUGAAAGAAAUUCAUCAGGAACAAAUUCAGGAGAUAGAGACAGAGUCUUCUAUUCGUGGGGUAUCUUCAUCUUCAGUUGAUAUUAAACAAUCACUUUGUCACAAUGAGGAGCGCGUUUACUGUAACAACUGUUCAACUUCAAUAGUCGAUCUUCAUCGAAGCUGCCCAGAUUGCUCAUUUGAGCUAUGUAUAAGUUGCUGCCAAGAGCUUCGGGAAGGAAAGUUUCCAGGAAAUAGUAAAAAAGCAGUUGUCCAAUAUCCAAAUGUAGGUUAUGAUUACAUGCACGGUGGAGAUGCACAGCCUGAAAGUUCUGAUGAUAUGGAAAUUCCACAGGACCAGAACAAACCAAUUGCUUGGGUUGCUAAUUAUGAUGGUAAUAUCAUGUGUGCUCCUGUAGCAAUUGGUGGAUGUGGAAAUUUUGUAUUAGAGCUCAAGCAUCUGCUACCGAAAAACUGGAUAUCAACCUUGGAGGCAAAAGCAGAAAGGAUUCUGAUUCAGUGCAAUUUUUCCGAGAUGAUUUCCCAGCCGAUUUGUAGAAUGGAUGACCCUGAACUGUUACACAGAGCGGCUUCAAGAGUUGGUUCUGAUGAUAACUACUUAUAUUUCCCUACUGCAAAGGAUGCAAUGGAGGAUGAUGCACUUUUACACUUUCGUAGGCACUGGGGCAAGGGUGAACCAGUGAUUGUACAAAAUGUUCUUGCACAUACUAGUGGUUUAAGCUGGGAACCAAUGGUUAUGUGGCGUGCAUUAUGUGAGGGCACUGAUUCAAAGAUCCUUACAAGUAUGUCAGAAGUGAAAGCUAUCGACUGUCUGGCUGAUUGUCAGGUUCCGAUCAAUACUCGAAAGUUUUUUAAAGGUUAUACAGAAGGCAGAAGGUAUGAAAAUCUUUGGCCUGAAAUGCUCAAACUUAAAGAUUGGCCACCAUCUGACAAGUUUGAGAAUCUCUUGCCUCGGCACUGCGAUGAAUUCAUCAGUGCAUUACCAUUCCAAGAGUACACAGAUCCAAGGAUAGGGAUUCUGAAUCUUGCUGUUAAAUUACCGGCUGGAGUCAUAAAACCAGAUUUGGGUCCAAAGACAUACAUCGCGUAUGGUGUCACCAAGGAACUUGGGAGAGGGGAUUCAGUGACAAAGCUUCACUGUGAUAUGUCAGAUGCGAUAAAUAUUUUGACACACACAGCAGAGAUGGCUAUAACUGAUGAGCAGCAGUCUGCAAUUGAAAUAGUGAAACAGAGGCAUAGAACUCAAGAUGAAAGAGAGCGCCUCAAAUGUGAGGCUGAUGAAUAUCCUAUGAAGAUGUCUAGUGAUAUUAGAGGGGAGGAGAAAACCUCUGAUGAUUCAGAGACAACUGGAGGUGCCUUGUGGGACAUUUUCAGAAGGGAAGACGUACCCAAGUUGAAUGAGUAUCUUUUAAAGCAUGCAAAGGAAUUUAGGCACACUUUCUGUUGUCCGGUUGAUCAGGUUUUUCAUCCAAUCCAUGACCAGAGCUUCUACCUAACUAUGGAGCACAAGAGAAAACUGAAGGAAGAAUUCGGGAUUGAACCUUGGACAUUCGAGCAAAGACUUGGAGAGGCAGUUUUCAUUCCUGCAGGAUGCCCUCACCAAGUGCGUAAUCUCAAGUCGUGUACCAAAGUUGCUGCUGAUUUUGUUUCUCCUGAAAACAUUCGAGAAUGUUUCCGCCUCACAGCUGAGUUCAGGACAUUGCCGAAAGGCCACAAGGCCAGAGAAGACAAACUAGAGAUAAAGAAGAUGGUCAUUCAUGCAAUCAACCAAGUUGUCACAGAUUUGGAGCAGCUCACAUACAUAGUUUAGAGAAAUAGCAGUACUUUCUUUAGCAGCAGUAGCAGUUAGUAUUUGGUUGUUGCUAUUGUCCUUGGGUGUUCUUUUAGGUGUUAGGCCAAGGACAAUUUUGAUACAUAUUUCUUGCAGCUUAGGCCCUCUUCACCAUUGUUGCCUGUAGAAAAGUAAAUGUUAAAAGGAACAUUCUUUUUUCCUGCAAUAAAGGCAGCUUCUCCUAUA